UCAUCAGAGAUAAACAUUACAGUUCAGUUGCUGAAUAAGGAACUGUUCCUGUAACACAUCACAUGGGUUCGGAGGUUUGUCAGCAGCAUUCGUUCACAGCAGCCCUGAGGGCCACAGUGGAAUAGAAGAAGAGUAAAGAGGGAGGAGUGUUGUAAGUCGCUUUGCCCGCCCUGACUAAAAACAGAAUCAGGGAUGUGAGGACCAGACCGAUGGGGGCGUCCCCACUCCGGUUUCACAAGCUACAAAUACCCCUGAGGGUCUGUUGCACUGCAGACUGAUCAAGCAACAGGACCAGGCCGCAGCUGAAGUGUCACUUUCAUCACAGGAGCCAAGACGGAAGAACUCUGCUGCAGACAUGGGUCAAGACUUCGACAUUGAGCGAUGUGAUCUGAACAUCAAGCACAACAGCAGCAGCCAUCAUACGGAGCUAAAUGGAGAGGAGCGCUUGAUUGUCCGGAGGGGAAAGCCCUUCAUCAUCGUUCUACACCUGAAACCCUGCGGCAAAGAAUUCAAACUGGGUGAAACAACCUUCACACUCAUGGUUGAAACUGGUCCGUUGCCCAGGGAAGAGUCGGGCACUAAGGUGUCCUUCGGUCUCCGUGACUCCACAGUGGACACUGAAUGGAGCGCAUCCGCUACCAAUGAUCCCUCUGGAUACACAGUGUCUGUGUCUAUCAAUUCCUCCCCCAAUAGUCCCAUCGGAGUUUACUCUCUGACUCUGGACCAGGAAGGGAAGAAGACCAGUUUAGGACAGUUCACCCUGCUUUUUAAUCCUUGGUGCCCCAGCGAUGCUGUUUACAUGCCCAGUGAGACCAAGAGGCAGGAGUAUGUCUUGGCGCAGCACGGGCAGAUCUACAGGGGAACACACAAACGCAUCAAAGGGAUGGCCUGGAACUUCGGACAGUUCGAAGCAGGAAUACUGGAUAUCUGCCUGAAGAUCCUGGAUGAAAAUCCCAAGUUUGUGUCUGACGCUGACAAGGACUGCUCCGCCAGGAGAAACCCCAUCUAUGUGACCAGGGUGCUGAGUGCCAUGAUCAACAGUAACAACGACAGUGGUGUGCUGGUGGGAAACUGGGGAAAGAUCUCGGACGGGGUUCAUCCAGGAGCGUGGAUCGGCAGUGGUGACAUUUUGCACCAGUGGGCAGACAGUGGCCCUGUCUGCUACGGCCAGUGUUGGGUCUUUGCCGCUGUGGGGUGCACAGUGUCCCGAGCCCUGGGCAUCCCGUGUCGAGUGGUUACUAACUUUGGAUCCGCUCACGACUCUGACGGCAACCUGGUGAUAGAGAAGCUGUACAAUGAAGUAGGCGAACCGAUUUCCGAGGGGGAUUCGAUAUGGAAUUUCCAUGUCUGGGUGGACAGCUGGAUGACUCGUCCAGACUUGGGGUCGGAGUACGAUGGGUGGCAAACCAGCGACCCGACCCCGCAGGAAACCAGCGAUGGUGUGUUCUGUUGCGGGCCGGCCCCACUGAGGGCCAUCAAGGAAGGAGAGCUGACCAAGAAGUACGACACUCCCUUUAUCUUUGCUGAGGUUAAUGCAGAUGUCGUGGACAUGGUGCAGAAGUCAAACGGAGAGGUCAUCAAGUUCACUUCGACUAAUUUUGUUGGACGAUUCAUCAGCACCAAAGCCGUGGGCUUGGACCAGAGACACGACAUCACGCACCAUUACAAGUAUCCAGAAGGCUCAAAGGAGGAGAGGCAGGUGUAUGGGAAGGCCCAGCACCACAACAAGCUACAGCAGCGAGGAGAACAGCCAGGCCUCAAACUUAAGAUCAAGUUUUCUGACAACAUGGCGGUGGGCUCGGACUUCGAGGUCUACGCUGUCCUCACCAACAACCACAUGAAGACAAAAUCCUGCACCGUCCUGUUCUCCGCCAAAGCCGUCGGCUACAGCGGAAAACUGGGAGACAGCUGCGCGUUUGCUUCGGACAAAGUGGAGUUGACCCCUGGAGAAGAAUGGCGCCUGCCCCUCAGACUGCAGUAUGACCUUUAUGGAUCGGUGAUCACCUCCGACAGGCUGAUCCAGCUCACAGCCUUUACCAUGGACAAGCAGGCCCUGGACUACCACAAGGCGGAGAAGACCAUCGUGCUGGACGAGCCAGACAUAGAGAUCAAGCUGUUGGGAGAAGCCACAGUGAACCGGCCGGUGGCAGCAGAGCUCACCUUGUUGAACCCUUUACCGGAGACACUGCAGGACUGCAGCUUCACCUUGGAGGGCAUCGGCCUCACCGACGGCAAACCCGUUACAGCCAAGAUUGGAGCUGUGGGCCAGAGACAGGAAGCCAGAGCCCGCGUGGUGUUCACUCCCAGCAGCGCUGGCUUCCACAUGCUAGUGGUGAACUUCGAUUGCGUGAAACUGAAGAACAUCAAGAGCUCCAUGUUCGUUGUCGUGAAGGGCUGAGCCAGGACACAGUGUGAACACAGUCACGGCUUUUUAAAAUGUUGUUGUUUAAAUGCACUGCAGUGGCAGAAUAGCCGGGGGCCUGAAGCUUUUCACUUUUCUAAUUUGCCUCAACUUUUUUUUCUCCAGUAAUUAAGCACAAUUAUCGACAUUCACUUGCCACAGUUGUAGGCUUCUAUGGAAUAAAUAGCUUGCACAUUUGUUUCACUUGAAUGAAUGACUAUCUUUGAUAUGGAUACAUUUAAAGGUCACAGUAAACCUUGUCUAGCUUGUGAUUUAGAGUAUUUUUUUAAGGGAGCAGCACUUCAUCACCCUAUUUUUUGAUGAUGAUGAUGAUGAUGAAGGGAAAAAACAAUCUACUUUGCCAAAUAAAUACAAUUAGAAAAUCA